UAAACCCGGUAUUGGUUAUUUCGCAAGUUAUAACUAAGAUAGCAUUCCUUACAAAAAGUCAUGUGAGGUAUAUCAUAUUGGAAGUGGUAAAUUUCGUAAUACCAAAGAAGUGUGUUUAUCACAAGACUAUCACAAGACUCCUAGAAUCAAUAAAAAAGCGGAAGUAAAUUAUCCGGCAUUGGUUAUUACAGAAAAAAAUGGAAGAGCACACAAUUGCUUUCGUUUUGUCCUUGCUUGCUUAUGCUACAGCUACAACACAAGCAUGUAGUUUUCCAGUACAAAUGCAAGGGUUUGAAGGGAUAUCGAUGGGAUAUCUAAUAAAUGGCACUGGAGGUGCAGUCGAGGGAGGGUUUCAGAUUGCCUAUGAUGUAAAAAGACAAAAAUCUGUUAUGAUUGGAGAAGGACAAAGCAUGGGAUCCCUCUUUCACGAACAUGUUCUCGAUGAUUAUGCAAAUGAAAAAGAGUAUGUUGUUUUGAAUGGCAAAUGCACCAUUAUGCCUCUGAAACGUAAAAUGUUGACUGGAAUUCCAAGCGAUGCAAAAAAGAUUAUGUCGUCGUAUUAUGGAUUUGAUGAUAAGAAGAUUGGUAUCGACAUGUACUCUUUCCCAUACGAAGGAUCCCAGAUAACUAUCUCUGUAAUGAAAGAGGGAUGUGUUCCCGUUGGAGAGCACAUCACAGGAAAAUCAUUCCUGCUUGACGUCGGAUUUUUGGGAAUGACCAGUGGUGUCAAGAACGCCACGGUCUUUGACAUCCCUAAACCGUGUCAGAGAUCAAUGCCACUGCGUUUCUUAGAACACAAUAGAGUUGAAUUUCUAAGGAAUACCAGACAUUUCUCUUCUAUUCAUUAACAGUUAGAGUUUGUUAUACAGCACACUUUUGUUCAUCCUUACAGACCAUGAUUGGAUCCGAAGUUUUCCCACAUGAACUUAAUAUAUUCCUCUUGUAAAAGUGUACUUUUUAUUCACAAAUCAUCAAAACUUACCCCAAAUUAUUGUGGUAAAAAAUGACAUUGGAUAAUUCCAGAGAAUAAAGAUCUGAUUUUUAAGUUUUCAGUGUUCACACACUUUACUCUCAUAACAUAUUUUAUAAUUUUAAUCUCUUUUUUACAAAUGUAAGUAUCAUUUUAUAUGAAUUCAUAAAUAUGCCUACUUCAUAUUUUAAAAAAAAUACUGAACAAUUAUAGAUUCGCAUCAACGUUGAAAUUGAAGAAUCAUAUAUUACUACCUCUUUUAACCUUAUAAUGGGAUUUGUUAGAAGUUUUGACACAUUGUUAAAGAAAAGUUGGUACAUUUGAGACUUUUGAAGUGUGAAGAAUGUUGUUGAGUUUCUUGGAGUCUAAGUAUAUGUUCUACAAAUAGAACUAGUUUGCAGUGUUUAAAUAUGAAUGUUUUUUUUUCAUUUAUUGUAGAAUUAUCAAUUUGUAGAUGUUUUCUACUGUUGAAAUAAACUCAGUGUUCCUAUCGUAAUUUGUCAAAUAUCUGUAUUAAAAAUAUUUUUCGAAAA